GGAAGCUUCCAAACAGAUCUGUCUGUGCAGGCUCACUCAUGUUUGAAUUUUAAUCUGUGCAGAGAAGAAACAUGACAACGAUGAAAACUUUUGGGCUUUUGUUUUGCACCAUAGCAGCUCUAACAACAGCUGAAGCGGACUCACUGAGGCUGAGACGAAAGCAGAGAUCAUCCCCUUUCUCUUCCUCCUUUUUCUCCUCUUCUUCCUCCUCGUCCUUUGAGUCUUCAGGUGAGGUCUGCCUUAACGGAGGCUCAUCUGUCCCAUCUAUCUACACUGGAGAGCACAUGUUCUGUUUGUGUUUGGACGGAUUCGAAGGGAAAAAGUGUGAAAUAGCGACAAGUGCACAGUGUUAUGAAGGCAUGGGACUUUACUACCGAGGUACUGUGUCCCAGUCUGAGAGUGGACGGACGUGUGAGGAGUGGGAUGUGGAAACCAGGGAACGCUACAUGUCCACAGAUGUCAACUCAGGGAGACACAACUACUGCAGAAACCUCCUCUACAAACGCCGUCCGUGGUGUUAUGUUCAGAAAAACCAGCAGCUCGUGUGGGAAUACUGUGACAUUCCACACUGUGGCAUCGAGUCACUUCCAGCUUUACCGUCGCCCACACCUGCUGAGCCAAAGCCAGAGCUGACAUGUGGCCAACGCACCAGACGAAAGCUGAUGAAGAUCGUGGGAGGAACGGUCUCCACAGUGGAAGCCCACCCGUGGAUUGCUGCCGUAUUCUGGCGCAGCAAAACCAAGGAGAAGGUUUUCCGCUGCGGGGGGAGUCUGAUCUCCUCCUGCUGGGUCCUCACAGCCGCCCACUGCUUCCCCGAUGGUUCUAACACCAAAGCACGCCGUUUUUCCGUCUUCCUCGGGAAAAACGCACUUAACGAGAGCGAACUGACCACAGAGCAAAGAUUCAGAGUGGAAGAAAUCUACAUCCAUGAAGGGUUUGACAACAGCGAGGGCAACUUCAACAAUGACAUCGCUCUAAUGAAGCUGAAGGCCCGACGUGGUCAGUGUGCAAUGGAGAGUAACACAGUGAAGACCAUCUGCCUGCCGCCGCCUCUGCAGAGCCUUCACCCUGGAGUCAGCUGUGAAAUCGCUGGAUAUGGGAAAGAAAAGUUUGGUUUAUGGUACAACUCGCAGUAUCUCCGCGAGGCUCAGGUGAACCUCUUGGCUGACAGUGUGUGUCGACAGGAGGAUUAUUAUGGGAAGAUGAUCACCGAUAAUAUGUUUUGCGCCGGUCGAUCAGACUGGAGCCAGGACGCCUGCGAGGGAGAUUCAGGAGGGCCUCUGGUGUGCGAUGUCGGCGGCAGAUUCUUCCAGUUUGGGAUCAUCAGCUGGGGUGACGGCUGCGCACAAGAGUUUAGACCUGGAGUUUAUACCAGAUUAACUAACUACAACCGGUGGAUAGAAGAGAAGACGGGGCUGUCAGACAUCACUGCAGGCCUCAUGUUUCCUCAGAAGUAAAAACUGAUGACAUGGACAUGGAACUGUUUGGUCAGGGUCCUAAUAUUCCAUUAUAACUCUAAAGUUCAUCCUCUAACACCAAAACCAUCGACUGAUCUAGAUUGUGUAUUAACUUCUGAUCCACUAAUCAUAUCAAUACAUGUAAAUAAUUCAGGUAAAAUGCAGUUUCUCAGCUUUUUAUUGUUAUCACAUAUGACCCAUU